AUGUAUGCUUCUCCGAGAUUUCUCAACUGCAAAUUCUUCAUUUGGCUAUCACUUUUCCUCAUCGGUUUCCCGCUCCUCCUCCUUUGGAACCGAUCUAGCUUAGAGGUCCUUUCUGUCCCGUAUGCCCGACCACUUCCGAAGCCCAUUCCGCAGUUCGUUGCACACGGCGACUCGAAAUGUUUAUCAGAAGUUCCGCCUGAGCUCAUCGAAGAGGCUACGGCGACGCGUGCUACAUGUCGAAAGUACUCCCCUUUUGCAACCGGAAGGGCGCGCAUAGCGACCGUCACAGCACAUUUCGGCAAGCCUCAAGAAUACUACCAGAAAGCGUUCCAGACACAUCUCCUUCACGCCUUGGUUCACGGUACCGAGGUUAGAGUGAUGUGCGACCCGAUCGUAGACGAUCUGUGGAACAAACCAGCCUUCAUACUCAACCUGCUCAUGCGCGAGAUGCUGAAACCAGAAAAAGAGCGGCUGGAGUGGAUUCAAUGGGUCGAUCGGGAUACCAUCAUCCUUGAUCAAUGUCGUCCUAUAUCGAGCUUCCUGCCCCCAGAGAAAGCACGCUUCGGCUCGUGGUGGCGCCGUGACGACGAGCAACCCCAAGCUCCAGCAAACACAACACAUAUGCUUGUGACCAAAGACUGGAACGGUCUCAACAACGGUAUCUUCCUUCUUCGUGUCAACAGCUGGGCCAUCGAACUCUUCACCGCUAUCCUUGCCUUUCGCCACUACAACCCGGAAGUCGAUCUCCCUUUUACCGAACAAUCUGCCAUGGAACACGUCCUACAAACCGACCAAUUCAGAGAUGAAGCGCGAUUCGUGCCACAGCAUUGGUUCAAUGGAUACGAAGAGGGUGGGGCACAAAAGUUUGAGGAAAGAGAGGAUGUGGAGGGUUUGGACGAACGACACGUAAGAAGAGGUGAUUACCUGGUUCAUUUUGCUGGGCGUGGGAAGAGGGGAGAUCUGUUGAACGAAUGGAGUGAGAUGCUGAACAAGUCAGGGAUUGUAUGGAAAAAGGACAGAGUGCAAAGAGAUGUCUCGGGUGAAGUCGAGACAUUUUGGAGAGAUCUUGGGUAUGGGGUAUGA